AUGCCGCUAAGCGCAACGAUGGUGGGAGCCCUGCUGGGACUGGGUACCCAGAUGUACUCCAAUGCCCUUCGCAAGCUUGGAAUGUACGCGGCAUUCGUGGGAGUCUUUCCCUAUUAUCGUUAUUAUAGGAACUGUAUCGGGACUAAAGUGAUUGCUUUCAAAAAAUUUGCAGAUCCAUGGGAGCAUUUGCUGGGCAUGGGGCUGGGCGCGGUCUUUGCUAAUCAGAUGGUGAAGUGGGACGCCAAAUCCCAGGAAGAUCUCGACAAGUUACUCCUGAAGGCCAAACAAGCCAACGAACGCCGCUACUUUGAUGACAAUGAAGACUAA